AACUUGCACUAUCAUCUAAGGCAAUCUCUUUUUUACUUCAGAAAUCGCUUGUUACGGCCACUCCUCUGAGCGGGAUCCGUUCAAUGGACGUUGUCUGAACUGCCAGCAUGGUACGGAGGGGAGAGACUGUGAGCUGUGUAAGAGUGGGUACGUCGGUGACGCCACGCAGACCACUAGUGACGCUUGCCACCCGCCGACCAGGUUUCAGCGAUGUCACCUGAUCUACAUGGGAGAGUUCUGUUACCGGUGCUCGGCGUCAGUUCGCUACGGGAACCCGGACAUCCUCCGCCGAGGGUACUGCGGCAGGUGCCCCUGCGCCGUCCGGACCCGCCUGCCGCUGCUACAUGGAAGAUUCCGACGUGAUGUCAGCCAAACCACACAAGAAGACGACAGACUUGAACUGUGGCACAGACUACGGAGUGUAGCAGAUUUGUCUCAGCGGUUAGACGGCUAUCUCCAACACAACACGCCGACAGAACACACACUGGUCGACGCGGCGAACCGCCUCCUGUCCUCUCUGCAGUCUCUCACCAACACAACGUCUGAAGGAACAUUCAGACUGAGACACCACCUGCGGAAAUCGCUGCUUCCAGUCAAGAGAAAAACCCAGGCUCUGCUGAAAGUGAUGAGCCACCCAGCGUAAAGGACGGAGGCAUGAAGUGCGAAUGCUGCGACGUCUUUUGUCCACUUUGGAAGGCACCUGAUUGCAAUGUUUAAAAAUCAUCUAUAUCACCUUAUACGUCGUCACUAUUUCUAUGGUGCUAAUACAUAGAGUUCUCUACGUGUCAAUUUUUAUGCAAUGUCUUUUAACUUUGAAAAAAAGUUAGUUACAGGACGAUAUAUAUAUAUUAAUCAAGAGUUGUGCGAUGAAAGCUCAUUGGUGGAACAAACAUUCUAAGCAAAAAUAAAUGUUGAAUCGCAAUUUAUCGUUUCUGAAAUAGACACCACACGUGUAUUCUCACUGUUUUACUCUGAUCUGAAGACGACAACUAGAUAAUUAACUUGUUUAGACGACGUUUUCCUGUUAGUAGUAUGUUGUAUCUUUUUGUCAAAGUACAUUUUAUACAAUAGACCCAGACCAGGUCAACAUACUCCCUGCUGUCUAAAGCCGUUAGAGUAGAGAAUAUAGAAGAACUUUAUUGCACGACAAUUGUACAUGAUACAAUGUAUGGCAACAACUAUAUAUAAGUAAACGACUACUUCAGUUUGCUGGUCAAAGUACAGUCGUGUAUUUAUUUUUUUUCUGCUUAUCAUUUCUUAUUCGUGUAUAGCUAUAUCUUCACCCAAUCGAUGAAAGCUUCACCUGUGCCAAUACGACAAAAUUUCUACAUAUAUACGUAGAAGUAUACAUACUAUAUUCAGAUCACUAGAUCGUAGGUCUCAUAACAACAUGAAAUAUU